CCUAGCAACGCAUGUCCCGGAUUACACCAUGGCGACGGCGACCAAGCGUCGAAAUCGUGAAAGUCACGGUCCAACGCCGCACUCAGUGGCUAUUUUUGCUAGACCUAGUCUAUCAAAGCCAGCAGAACAUUUGAUUCUCGAGCGAAGAAAACGAGAAGAAGUGAGAGAUCUAGCAGUGUCACAAGUUGAAUACAACAAGCAGUUUGAUCUGAAGUCGACAUGGGAACGCGCUACCGACAAGAAAAUUCAAAGGAAUACAGUAAAUAGGCGUGUUGAUGAAAUAAUGGCAGAGAGAGAAGCUCAUUUGGAUGCCAGACGGGAGAAGCUCCGGAUUAUUUUGUCUACUGAAGAAUACAAUUAUAUAGAAGAAAUGAAGAACAAGGAAGAGACGGGGCUAGAACGUCAAGCAAGAAUGAGAGAAAGGGCAAAACAGUUGAAGGAGCAAAGGGAAUCUGAACGACUGAAAACUGUUGAGGAGAAACUGGACCAGCGCUGGAGAGCACAAUGUGAAGAGUUGAGAUCAGUGGUGUCAAAGCAGACUGUUGUGUCUGUUUCCAGGGAGAGACAACAGCAAUUAAAGCUGAAGGAAGAGGCAAGAAAUAGACAACAUGAAGAAGAAGAAUUUUAUGCUGACAUGUGGGACAAGGAUCGACAGGCCAAGAUGAAACGUGAGGAACUGGAAAUUGCUCUUCAACAUGAAAGAAAUACAGAAAUGGUGCAGAUUCUUAACAUUCAGCUGGCAUCACUGGAGGAACAGAGACUAGAGACAAAGAGACUGAAGGAACAAGAAGCAGAGCUGUGUAAAGAACAAGAAAAGUUGAGAAAGUUAGAGGAUGAAAGAAGGCAACAAGAAAAGAAAGAAGAACAGCAAGAGACAAGAAGAAUGCUGGCUGCAUCACUUAGAAUGAAGAUGAAGAAACGAGCAAGAGAGGUACAGGAGCAGCUUGCUAUUGAUAUGAAGAUCUUAGAAGAUCUGUUGGAACAGACAAGAAAUGAAGCACAGAGCCAACUGCAAAGAAAGAAAGAGUUACGAGAAGAAAUGCUUCGAUACCGGGAGCAUUUGGAAGCCGUUCGUAAGGAAGAAGAAAAGAGGGAGAGAGAGCUGGAUGAAAUGUUAAACAAUGAAAUGGAGAAAAUGUGGCAGAAACGUGUGCAACAAUGGAAGAAGGAAAGAGAGGCGAGAAAGAAGUUGAUGAGCGAUGUUUUGAAAAGUCGUGAGCAGCAGGUCAAGGAAAGAUUGGAGAUUAAUUGGAGGGAGCAGGAAGCUGCUUGGAAAGAGCGGGACGAGAUCCUACGUAACAUUGAGGAACAUCGACUGCUGGAAGCAGAACAAAUUGCUCAAAUAAAAGAUGAACAGAAGCGCUACCAGAUGGACUUGCUGCAGCAGAUAGAAUAUCAACGGUUGUUAAAGGAGAGGGAACAGAUGGAAGAGCAGAGAGAGUUUGAAUUAGGACAGGAGGCGGAGAUGGAGUACAAAAGGAGGCUAGUAACUGCGGUGGAGAAGACACCUACUGAAAAGCAACACCCAAUGAGAAUGUUCUCUCCCACUGUAGACGGAAAGCACAGGCGUGUUGACGUGUAGCUGACACUGCAAUAAUUCAAUUACAAAAGGUAGAGAAACUGUCAGUAUUUAGUUGUCUACACAUUUAGCUGCAAAACACAUUUCAAUAUUUCAUUGUAUUUGAAAGGGUGAGAUCAACUAGAGUCUAGUCUUUAAUUGACAAUGUAUUUGGAAU